AUGAAAAUUACCAAAGAACAGGUUUUAGAUGCCUUAAAAAAUGUCAUCGAACCCGACCUCAAGAAAGAUAUUGUUACAUUAGGUCUUGUGUCUGAUAUCGAAAUAGAAGGAAUGGAAAUUUCCUUCAAAUUAAGGAUUAGUAAUCCCGCCCUUCACUCAAAAAAAAGGAUGCAACAAGCUUGCGAAUUUAAUUUAGAGAGGUUUAUUAACAGUGAUGUAGAAGCUAAUAUUGAGAUUUCUGGAAUCGGUUCUGAAGAAUCUGACCCUAACUUGAGAAAGAUUCUACCUGGAGUAAAAAACAUCAUAGCUGUAGCUUCAGGAAAGGGGGGAGUAGGUAAAUCUACCGUUACUGCUAAUCUAGCUAUAAGCUUGGCAAAAAAAGGAUACAAAGUUGGACUUAUUGAUGCCGAUAUUUAUGGGCCUUCUAUGCCUUUAAUGCUGGAUUGUGCUUAUGAGAAACCUACCAUGACUGAGAUAGAUGGUAAGAGCUACAUUUCACCAGUAGAAAGUUUUGGAGUUAAAGUAAUGUCUAUUGGUUUUUUCGCUGACCUUAAUCAAGCAAUUGUUUGGCGGGGAGCAAUGGCCAGUAAAGCGAUUCGUCAAAUGUUUAUUGAUACAUACUGGGGAGAACUGGAUUAUAUGGUUAUUGAUUUGCCUCCUGGGACUGGUGAUGUACACCUUACUUUAGUUCAACUAGUGCCUAUAAGUGGAGCGGUGAUAGUGAGCACCCCUCAAGACAUUGCCUUGGCCGAUGUAAAAAAAGGUAUUCACAUGUUUAAGAUGCCUAACAUUAAUGUCCCUGUAUUAGGGGUGGUUGAGAACAUGGCUUAUUUUACUCCCGCUGAAUUGCCCGACAAUAAAUACUACAUUUUUGGGAAAGAUGGUGUAAAGAAUUUAUGCGAACAGCUAGACAUUAAAUUGUUGGGUGAGAUUCCUUUGAUACAAAGCAUCAGAGAAGCAGGAGAUGCAGGAACACCAGUUGCAACCCAAGAUGGAACUCCCUCAGCUAUUGCCUUUGACCUGUUAACUGCUAAUGUUGUGGAACAAGUUAACUGGAGAAAUAACAAUCUUAAACCCACUCAAGUGGUGAAAAUGACUCAAUAG